AUGACAACAGGGCAUGAAGGUCAUACUCUUGCUUCCAUCUCCUUGACACAUGUAUAUUUCAAUCCACUAGACAAGAUAUCAUAUGCCUUUGCUUAUAUUACAUUGGCUCCAAUUGCCAUUCUGGUAUUUUAUGCUUCUGUCAUUGUUUCGCGACGAGAAAUUGCUGGUAUUUUGAUACUGCUGGGGCAACUAUUGAAUGAAGCAUUCAACUAUAUACUCAAAGAGCACAUUGAACAAGAUAGACCGUACGCUCAUUUGGGCGAUGGGUAUGGUAUGCCAUCGAGCCACUCACAGUUUAUCUGGUAUUUUGCUGUCUACGGCUCACUUUACAUGCAUCGAUAUAUUCAUCUGGAUCAUGGCAUUUGGAAAAUACUGACUAGCUUGGCCAUGUUUGCUUUAGCAGCAUUAGUGUCCAUCUCACGAAUUUAUCUUGGAUAUCACACUUUGAAUCAAGUCAUUAUUGGAUCUCUGGUAGGCGCCACAUUUGGAUCAGCGUGGUAUGGCUUUGUCAAUUUGCUACAUCUUACAAAUUGUAUCAAUUGGAUUCUGGAUACCUGGGUUGCUCGCAAGUUGUAUCUACGAGAUAUGAGCAAUGUAGAGAAUGUGGCCCGUUGGGACUACGAGCAGUGGGUUCAGUUGCGUAAAAAGAAGCAAAGUUAG